AUGCUCCGAAGAAGUCACAAAAAAUCCAAAGCUGGGUGCUUGGAGUGCAAGCGUCGUCACGUCAAGUGUGAUGAACAACGGCCAAAGUGUAUAAUCUGUACACUCUCAGAUAGGGACUGCAGUUACCCACCCAACCCUCCUUCUGCCUCCGGCCCCGCGAUGACCACACCUGCACCACAUGACUUCCCAACUGCUCAUCCAGCAACAGCCGCGAUUACGAACAAUGCCAGUCCCGUCGCUGGCGUGCCCCUCCCCGACAUUGCAAGCGGAGCAUCAAAGCCGCUGCAAGACCCAACCCAGAACCCACCUGCCGUCAACUUGGGUCACAUGGAGUUGCUCAUCCGCUUCAGCUUUGGAGAGCAUGCACCCGAGCUGAACAUUGAGAUGCACGAGUUUGCUUCCAAGCUGCUGUUUAAGUGUGCUUUGGAGGCUCCAUACUUGAUGCACCAGAUUCUGGCCGUCUCGGCUCGCCGCUUGGCUGCCCUCGAACCGGACAGGAGAGACUCAUUGCUCGAGCAGGCGAUACACUUGCAGACAAAAGCCGUCUCUAUCUAUAACGAGACGGCAGCGAAGGCUCAGAUCGACCAAACCAACUGCUCCGCUCUCCUCCUCUUCUGCUCACUGCUUGGCCGACACUUGCUUGCCGAUCUGUUGGCAAGGCGAGACCCCGACUUUGACGACUUUUUGACCCGAUUCCUCGAGUUCCUUUCCAUCUCGCGCGGCUUGAUGGCAAUGUCAGUCGCCGCCUGGGACCUGCUCCUGCAGUCAGACAUUCGCCAUCUUGUUCUCUGGGCACUCGAAAUCUCCCAGUCGGUCCCUCAAGGCCGCCACUGCGCUGAAUUGCAACGUCUCGUGGCUGAGUCGGAGAGUCUGGACGCUUCGGCCAAGGAGGCCUGCAUGACAGCCAUUGCCUGCCUUCAAGUUGGCUUUGACAGCUUGCUCGGAGGGGACACACGUAAUCAGAGAUACUUGAUGGUGUUUAUGUGGUAA